UACAGGAAGGAGGACAGCUCUGUGAGGCGCUACAUACUUUACGAACAACUGUCAAAACCUUUGGGAAUAACCACCAGCGAACCAACAUCUCAUCAUGUGCAGAGGACUGGACUCACUGCCGAUCACCUGCCUGGAGAGGGCAAAGGAGCUGAAGGCUUUGUUUGGAAGUUUACUACAAAAGUCAGAUCACAGCAUCACUGGCCAGUCGAAGAAGAAUGACAAACUGAGACUAAAUGCUGAUGAGCCUCUGAAAUGGAACGAGUCGUUUGACAAACUGCUGUCCAGUCAAAAUGGACUGUGCCUGUUCAGAGCGUUCCUGGUCUCAGAGUUCAGUGAGGAGAACAUCGCCUUCUACUUGGCUUGCGAGGACUACCAGGCGACUAAGUCCUCAAAACUGGCCCCCAAAGCCAAGAAGAUUUAUGACGAGUUCAUCAGCUCCGAUGCACCACGAGAGGUAAAUCUUGACCACCUGACCAAAGCCAUCACAAAGGAGAACGUGGAGCAUCCUAAGCACUCCUGUUUUGAGCUGGCCCAAGCCAAAAUCUACACCCUGAUGGAGAAAGACUGCUACCCUCGCUUCCUCAAGUCCCCCGCUUACCUGGAGGUCAGCAGAAAGGCCAAGACAGGCUAAAGACCUUCAUUACAAACUGUCCAGCACGCAGCAGCAGACGUGACGCGAUCGCUCCUCAAAAGGGACAUCAGCUUACUGAAGCAGAGACUGGAAAGGUUCACACGGAACAAACGCCUCGGCCCAGGCAGCUUGGUGCCAGGCCGUGCAGUUAUUUUGGAGCCCGGCGGUUGCACACAGAUCGCGGUCCGGGCUGGAAGCUAAAGGUCACAUGAAGCUGUGAGAAGAGACUGACACAGACUGAGUUGCAGGCGCUGUCUGCCUCCAGCAGAGACACCUGUACUGUACAUACAGGGCUGCGUGAGCGGCCGCCGCAGGGGCAUCAGUUGUAAAAUGCAGAUAUACAUGAGUUGCUUUCACACAACAAAACUACCACUGGGAGACAUAGCACUAGCGUUUAUUUAUUCAUUAUUUAUUUAAAGUUAUUCUAUUCUCAUUUUUAUAAUGUGAAUGUUGGUUGUGCAGCCUGUUGGUGAAAACUGGUU